UCACCGAGAUAUGCCGGAAACGCAAGAAAUGCUCAGUGCCGUGCGCCGUCAAGUCGGGAAUCAAAAUGGCGACGUAAAGAUGGGACGAGGUUACUGGAUAGCAAUAUUUGGGAAAUAGUGCGAUGUCUCGGUUGGCUGACUACUUCGCCAUUAUUGGAUAUGAUCACGAGAAAGACCGAAGUGGCAGCAGCUGUGGCAAGGUGAUCCAGAGAUUCCCGGAGAAGGACUGGGACGACUGUCCAUUCACACAGGGCAUAGAACUGUUUUGUCAGCCAACAGGAUGGACUCUCUCCACUCAGAGACAACAGCCUUCCUUCUACGUCGCUGUUUUGACCGACAUCGAUGCAGACCGCCACUACUGUGCAUCCUUCACUUUCUACGAGACCAUCGCCAUGACGCCCACCCACCCCGACGACCAAGACGGGGACGACCAAGAACCCAACAUGGUUCAUCAUUCCCUCAUGUUUGCUCCCAAAAGUCUCGUGCUCAUGUCCAGGCUCGACUACUUCGAGGCUUUCAGGAACUGCCUGGGGCUCAUCUACACGGUGUACACGGAGAACCUGCAGGUGCAGAUGGAGACCAUCGUGGGCAACAUCCUGGGCUGUGUGCAGGUGCCCCCUCCAGGUGGGCCCCAGGUGCGGUUCUCUAUAGGAGCGGGUGAUCGGCAGGCACUCCAGCCCCCUCUAAGUUCAACACUCCCAGUAACAAAAUACAACGUAGCCCUCGUAUUUGACCAGCUAGGGAUCAACAACGCAAUGACAGUGUUCACAGCAGCCUUGACUGAUCACAAGAUCCUGUUCCACUCAUUCAGCUACUCACGGUUGACGGCAACAGCCCAUGCCUUUGUGUCUCUCAUGUACCCUCUCAAAUAUAGCUACGUGUACAUCCCUAUCCUCCCAGCCUCCCUGCUGGAGGUACUCAACACGCCCACACCUUUCAUUGCGGGUGUGCACGCCUCCCUGCGCAAUGACGUGGUUGAUUUGGUAGGUCACUUGGAUGUGAUAAUUGUUGACCUAGACGGAGGCAGUGUGAGGAUACCAGAGUGUGUCAGCAUCCCCAGCAUCCCUGACCCCAUACUGAACAGGACCAUGAAAGCUUUAACCAGGAUUCAAAAUACAGAAUUACUGAGUGCUGACUAUGCAUUUCCUCCAUCACCACGGAAACCCUCCCCUGCUACUCAGAGAGACAAGGAGAUCCGGGCUGUGUUCAUCCGCAUGUUUGCCGAUAUCUUCACUGGUUAUCGUUCUUGUCUCACCAUCAUCCGUAUCCAUCCCGAACCUUUCAUCACAUUUCAUAAGGCCAGUUUUUUAGGUCAGCGAGGUAUGGUUGAUGAUGAUUUUAUCCUACGUGUGCUGGACGGGAUGGGCUUCGGUGCGUUCGUGGCUGAGAGGGGGCCGCCAUACAGAGUCUGUGAUAUUUUUGAUGAGGUGUAUGCCACUAUGCAAGACCACCUGCGGGAAGAGCGGCUGAACCCCGACAAGAUGAUGGAACAUGUGAAGGACCUGGCUCACCAGCUGCAUCUCCAUGAGAACCCCAACCCCCAGCCGUACGUCCAGAAGGUCCCCAAGCCAACAGAAGGAGCGUACGCCCGCAUCCACCAGCCACCAUUCCAGAUGUUGAACGCCAACACAGUGCAGGACAUCAUCGACGAGGGCCUCGCCAAACACAGUAUUAAGUCUAAGUUGGCCAACGUUCGUCCACACCAGUGUCGGAUCGUGCCGAUGGGCAUGCCGAUCACGGCUCUCGCAGACAAGCAGAGGAUGGUGGAGAACAACGCGCGGAGGCUGGAGGUGCUCAGGAACUGUGUCAACUUCAUCUUCGAAAACAAGAUCUCAGAUGCAAGAAUUAUAUUCCCCGCGGUGCUGCGAGCGCUGAAGAGUCGUGUGGCACGGCUGGCACUGACGCAAGAGUUGAACUACCACGUGCAGUCUAACCGGGCUAUGCUGGAGAAUCAGCAGUUCGACCUGGUCGUUAAGCUUCUCAACUGUGCUCUACAGAACGACUCGAACCUGGAUGAAAGUGGGGUGGCCGCUGCCAUGGUGCCUCUUGUCACUGCAUUCUGUCGAAAACUGUGUACGGGAGUGCUGCAGUUCGCCUACACCUGUGUCCAGGACCAUGCCGUGUGGGCCAACCUGCAGUUCUGGGAGCAAGCCUUCUACCAGGACGUACAGAAGCAGAUCCGGCAGCUCUACCUGCCGCAGUACGAGGAACACCUGGUGGUCAAUGUCAGCCGGGAGGGGUCCCGCAGUCCGUCGACACCCAGAGAGACUGGGGACUCAAUUAGCAGUUGGAGUAGAUCGUCAUCAACGACGUCAGACUCUCGGCGGUCAGGUUCUGCAUACAAGACCCGGGAAAUUGGUGCUCUGGAGAUAGCAGCUGAACAGCUGCGCAUCUACACAACGCUGAACAAGAUGACCCAGCAGGAGCUGAUCAACAACGAGGAGUCGACGGUGUACAGCCAGGCCAUCCACUACGCCAACAGGAUGGUGUUCCUGCGGGUGCCGCUCGACGUCAGUCGAUCACUGAAAAACACCCAGGGCCUGGACGGCGAGAGCAACAGCAACAGCAACAUCACAGCUAGUAUUGCUGAAAGUGACAGCUUUGACGCUGAGAGUGGGUUUGAUGAGACCGAGACAGUAGACGUGGGGUCGACAGUUGUGAGGUUCGUGACCAGGUUUGUGGACAAGGUCUGCUCCGAGGGAGGAGUCACACAGGAGCACAUCAAGUCCCUCCAUCAGAUGAUUCCAGGUGUGGUGGCCAUGCAUAUCGAGACCCUGGAGAACGUCCACAAGGAGAGCAAGAGGCUGCCACCAAUACAGAAGCCGAAGAUCCUCACUCCGUCCCUACUCCCGGGAGAGGAGGUUGUGAUGGAAGGACUGCGGGUGUAUCUCCUUCCGGACGGGCGCGAAGAAGGGCUCGGGGCGUACAUGGGAGGACCCACGCUACUGCCAGCAGAGGGCGCUGUCUUCCUCACCACCUACAGGAUCAUCUUCAAGGGCACGCCGUGUGAUCCUCUGUCGUGCGAGCAGAUCGUGAUCCGGUCGUUCCCAGUGGCCACGUUAACGAAGGAGAAGAAGAUCAGUGUGCAGUACCUGCCUCACCUUGACCAGUGGCUGCAGGAGGGACUUCAGCUCAGGUCCAAUGUGUUCCAGUUGCUGAAGGUAGCAUUUGAUGAGGAGGUCGGGUCCGAUAACGUCGAGACUUUCAGGAAGCUGGUGAUUAAGAUCCGCAACCCACCAAGUGUGUUCAACACCUUUGCGUUCACUGGUCACUUGAUCCAGCAAGCCACGCCUCUACGUAAACAGAAGGAGAAGAACGCCUCACUCAGGCAAUUUGCCAAGAGAACCCUUCUGAAGACUGCAAGAAAAGCUGGGCUGAAAUCCAAGCAGUCAAACAGAAAGACGAAGUAUGUGUUGCCGACCCCACCAAUGCAGAGACGGAACAUAUCGCCACGGUCAUCGGACAGCGAGUCAGAGCGCCCCAACAGUGAAGCAUUCGAUGAUCUCUCCAUAAUUGAUGAGGGAGAGUUCACCACAUCACUCUCUAGCGAUCCGAAGAACCUGGAGCGUCUGGUGGAGAAGACUGGUUACCAGGACUACCAGCGUCUGGGGCUCGGCAACCUGUCAACUAUUGGACAGAAGUCCCGCUCAGAACCAUUCAGGAUAUCCGUUGUUAAUGCCAACUACUCCGUGUGUAGAAGUUACCCUGCCUUACUGGUUGUACCUCAAGUUGUUGCUGAUGAAAGUAUACGAAAGUUUGCCCGCUGUCAUCGUCAGUCUAGGUUUCCUGUGAUAACAUGGAGGCACCCGCGAACGAAAGCAUUACUACUGCGCGCAUCUGGUCUACAUAGUCGGGGCCUCAUGGGCAUGCUCAGACACAACCAAACAUCAGGUACUUCAAGCGGGGAAACCUCAUCAAGUUUAGAACAAGAAAAAUAUUUUUCGGCUCUCGUGGCCGCCACACCGAGCAGUAACCGAUCCUACCACUCAUCAUACAGCGACUCCCUGACCAGCCUUGACUCCCUCAUGAUGGUGGGCACCGACACGCUGACGAUUCCAGAAACACCCGACCCCUUGCGGCGUAGCAUCUUCAGCAAGGGCAGCACGGCCAACAGGGGAAGCACUAGCGGCAAACCCAAACCAACAUUGGAAGAUGAAUUUGACUCAGCACAAGAUCAGCCGAUGAGGGUCGCUAGACGUGGGUCGUUUGUGCAGACUAUGAAUCGCCUGCGAGCUAGCAUCGGCAAAGGCGGCAUUGGUUUCGGAAGUAGUAGCACGUCUCUGAACAGGAUUGGAAGUCUGCGGGAGAAAUCCCGUUACAGUUCUCCAGACACACGGUCACGUGCACAAAAUGGCAGCUUAGACCACCGUGGUGAUCUGAUCAACAGCUCCGUGCAGGGUCUUCACCGAGUGUCCCUCUAUGUGCUGGGAGAGAAGACACAGAUGAAGGGCAUCAAGAUGGAGUCAUUUCAGAAGUGUGACUUUAUCCCGGUGGACUUCUUCGAGGUGCGCCAUGUCAAGGCCAGCUUCAAGAAGCUGAUGCGUGCAUGUGUCCCGAGCAGCCUGUCUCCAGAGGCCAACUUCUACAAAGCUGUGGAGGAGUCCGAGUGGCUGCUGCAGAUCCAGAACGUGCUGCAGUUGGCGGGGGCCACAGUGGACCUGCUGGACGUCCAGGGAUCCUCUGUCAUGAUCUGUCUGGAGGACGGCUGGGACGUCACUUCACAGGUGGUGGCGGUGGCGGAGAUUCUGCUGGACCCCUACUACCGGACAAUUGAGGGCUUCAAGGCGCUGGUGGAGAAGGAGUGGCUCUCUUUCGGUCAUCGCUUCACACACCGCAGCAACCAGACAGCUGCCAACCAGGCCAGCGGCUUCGCACCGGUCUUCCUGCAAUUCCUGGACACAGUGCAUCAGAUUCACCGCCAGUUUCCCCUGUCCUUCGAGUUCAACCAGCACCUCCUCAAGGUCGUGGCCUACCAUUAUGUCUCCAACCGAUUCCGAACAUUCAUGUUGGACAACGAGUUCGAGCGUGUGGAGGCAGGCUGGCUGCAUGAAGAUAAACGUCCCUCCAAGCUGGAUGACGGCGAGGAAGACCCCCUGGGGGGGUUCUCCCCCAAACACACAACCAACACGAGCGUGGGCGGGUCCAUCUGGGACUACAUCGAGAAGCAGCACAGGCGAUCGGCCAUGUUCUACAACUUCAUGUACAGCCCCGAGGAUGGAGACACGGUACUACGUCCCUACUCCAACAUCUCCAACCUCCGCAUCUGGGACUACUACCUGGCCGAGGACCUUGCACACGGCCCGACCUUCGACAUGGAGGUCGUAUCCAAGGAGAUCCGGCAGAACGAGGACCAGGAAGCGGAGGCUAUGGGCAUCUCUCGGAGGAAGAUCCUCAACGCCUGCUACGAUAGCGUCAUGCUGCAGGAACCCAACUAUUUCCAUGGACAGUUCCAGGAAAUUCACCGGCUGGAGACGGACCUGGGUCAUCUGCCCCAGAAGUGGAAGGUACAGUGGGACAAGCUGGAGUCUCCGCACCGCGACCACGUCCAGCGCCAGGUGUCGUUCAACACCCAGAUGGUUCGGUCUCACGGCCGCUCCAUACACAAGCGCUCCACCCUGGAGAUACUAGUGCGGGGCAAAAUGCUGGGGGAGGCGGCCAGGAUGUUCACCCAGCCCCAUCACUUCGAGAAGACCACCUUCACCACCCCCAUGUACUGUGACUACUGCACCCACGUGCUCUGGGGGCUGUCCAAGACAGGAAUGCGCUGUGUCGACUGUGGCUACAACUGCCAUGACAAGUGUCAGCCAUCAGUCCCCAAGAACUGCACCAAGCUGAAGACGAUGUCCGACGCCAGUGCUAGCAGCUCCAGUAUAUCACGGACAGGAGGCUCAGACGCCAGCUCUAGCUCUGUUGAUACUCUGUCCUCAGCCACCACACAAGCCUUCGAGAACUUCCCCUCCAGUCUGGGCGACUGCAGUCACAGCACCCAUGAGGGAUUUCUGUACAAACAGGGGGCGCUGCUCAAGGGGUGGAAACAGCGCUGGUUUGUGCUCGACUCCAUGAAACAUCAGUUGCGCUACUACGAUGCGAUACAGGACGGAAACUGUAAAGGCUUCAUUGAUCUGGCUGAGGUGGAAUCAGUGCAGCCUGUCAAGAACCACCCGGGCGCAUCCAAGAAAUCAGAAGAAAACUCUAUAUUUGAGAUCCGCACAGUUAGGAGGCAGUACAACUUCAUGGCUGCCAACCCUGUUAUGGCCCAGGAGUGGAUAGACAAACUUCAAAGUUGUAUACAGUAGUGGAAGAUAGCAAGCCAAGACUUUAAGUGCUAUGUUUCCAUGACAACAGUGUGGCUGGAAAGAUGCUGGACCAGUUUAUACUGGCUAGAGUGGUACACUUUUAAAGGGAACAGAUUGAAGCCGGCUUAAACUAGAUUGGACCAGAUUGUACAGGAGUUUGUAUUUUGAGCAAGCAUGACCAAGUUUUGAGCGUGUACGUGAGUGUGGGUGAUAGUCAAGUCUGCAGAUCUCAACCAGCACUGAAUCGUUCACCAGGGUCAAACUUGGCCUCAUUGUACGACCACCCCAAAGAGUACUUGGCUCUCUCAAAUGCAACUUACAUGGAGUCAAGCUAUAUUUUUCGCCAUGGUCAUGUGUAUGGAAGACAAGCCCUGUGGUGCACAGCUAAACCACAAUGGAACUAUUCGAUUUGUAAUACUCAACUUUGGGAGUAUCUACAAUACCAGUGUUUGAAUGUGCACCCAUGUAAGCAUGUAAACCACAUGUAGCUGUUCACAUGACACAGUGUCCUGGGAAUACGUGAAUCUGAUCUCUGCUACGCUGUCUGACCCCAGACAAUCAUAGGAAGGGAGUACUAGCCUUCUUCUCUAGAUUGUUGUAGGAGUCGAUCUCUAGGUCCAGUAGUCAUAACUUAACAGCAUUAGAUGUAGAGGUUGUGCACAGAGCUGGUGGUCGCCCUGUAUAGCUGCUGUCCUGGAGCUAUGGGAGUAGAGGAUGUGGACACAGACCUGAAGAUGCUGUAAUGAUGUAUCUUUCUGGCCUCAUCGACAGCAGCAGCAUCGUCUUCAUACGGUAGUCUUCAACAUCACAAGAAUACUGUUGCUGUUGUUGUCGCAGGAAUACGGAAGUCUUCAACGUCACCAGAAUACUGUUGUCAUCGCAAGAAUACGGUAGACUUCAUCAUCACCAGAAUACUGUUGUCAUCGCAGGAAUACGGUAGUCUUCAACAUGACAAGAAUAUUGCUGUUGUCAUCGCAAGAAUACGGUAGUUUUCAACAUCACAAGAAUAUUGCUGUUGUCAUCGCAAGAAUACUGUAGUCUUCAACAUCACAAGAAUAUUGCUGUUGUCAUGGCAGGAAUAUUGCUGUCUUUAUCAUCACAGAAAUAUCAUUUUGUUGAAAAUCUCCAUCAAAACCAUUUUUUGUCAUCACAGGAUUACUAUUGUCUUUCUCUCAGAAAUAUUUACCAUAUAUAUUCCCAUGACAACCUUAUAAAAAGGACACAAAGUCUUGAUAACUCUCUGAUUGCUAAGUCUACAUUUGACCUAUUGCUGGAAUAUUGCCAUGAAUGGAGUCAAACCUAACUCACUCCUCACUUAGGCAUUACAGUCCAUACUAUAGCCAUCAUCUCCAGGAAAAGGUUUGUUCAUCAAUUUACAAUCGAUCACCUGCAUCAAGAUGCAAAGUCUGUCACCUGCUGAUGCUGUGAAGGAUACUGUUGGUAGUCAUGGCGAUGCCGUAGUUCCAUAAUGUCUUGUAAAUGUCUGUGUGAUAUCUGUGUGUGAGAUACAGCGAAGAUCCAUCAGCAGUCAGCAUCUCUGAGAUGGCAUACGGAACCUGCAGUGUGUUCAACACUGAAGUCAUCAAUGCACUGGUAGUUGUUUGUGAAAGAUGAUAAAAUGUUUGACUUCACCAAGUCAAGCAGGGCUCCAUCUGUACCUCAAAUGCCUAUUAGCCCAAAUAGCCCCACAGUCUGCAACCUUGGCCACUACUUCGAAGCCCAAGUCUAGUAAAAAUCUGUUUGGUCUAGUAAGCUCAGUAAUAAUAACAACCUAUAAUAACACUAAAUUCUCCUGAAAUUGAUGCUGGGGGCCACCUUCAGGCUAGUCUCAAAAGGUUUAGGCACAGACUGAUAACAUAUGAGGGCAGCCUAUCCAUGGGAAAUUAGCUAGCCCUUGGGGUACCUUCAACAUUAAACAGACUGACUCGGGCUAGCAGGCUGGUGCUAUUGUGCAUCCCUGGCCCAGUGAUGAAGCGUUGAAAUUCUACUGCUGGGAAUGCCAGUGUUUAGGGCAGUCUCCACUUAACCUUCUCUCAUCAACACCUGGAACAUGGAUUCUCAAACAUUCUAUGUGCCAGUGCAGUGGACUACAGAAACAAGAUCAACAGGAGGAGUAAAUCCUUGGUCAGGGCAUUGCUGACAUUGCUUGUCCAUGUUCUGAGAUGAUGUCAAUCAGUGUGUUUUGAGGCACUGCAACAUGGCUGCUGGAGAACGAUGAUGUUUGUUGUCAGACAGCAGCUGUGGAGUCAAUGGAAUAUCGUCAACAUAUUAUCUUUUUACUGUUAAGUCAUGUUUGUGUUUCACUUCAGGCGUCAAGCAUGCAUUCAUGGAACUAAGUGCCGAUUUGAUCCGCGUUAGACCUUCAUCAGGGGAGUCCUUGAUGAUGAUGUCACAGUCACUGGACUUGCUCCUGCUGGUUCCGGUCGAGUGAGACUUUGGUGCAGAAUUGAAUUACAUUCUCUUCAAAUAUGCGCGGGUCUUGUUGUCAAGAGACCGAUCUGGAUGAGUUUAUCUGCAUUUAUAGAAGAAACGCGAGAGCAGUUUGCUGAGUUGUGUGUGCUGUGAGUGGGUGUGAAUGACAGGGCUUAUUUAUACAUGUGACAACUGCCGCUGUACAUGCUUCGGAUUUCAGUGCGUUUGUCAUUGUCGUGUUUCCAUAUCAGAAACACAAGUUUUAGUAUCUGUAUAAAACUGUGUGUGUAUGUAUAUUGAGUACCGGUAGUCGUCUGUACAGAUGUAUUCUAGAGAUGUUGACUUGUGGGAUCAGUGUGUCGUACUUCAUCAUUGUUUGACUUAGUGCUUGUAUCCAUACAACUAUUUCUCCAUGACAGACAAUCUGCAUGUGCUGUCAUGGAUGGCAGGCAACCAGUCCUUUAUUACCUUGUGUGGCAUCAUGUUGAAGGUAGCAAAUGAAACAUUAAUCUAUAAUUUAAUACUUUAAAAUUAGUUUUAGAAUUGAAAAUGAAUCAGAUAUGAAUAACCUAUAAAGUUGAUUACGGACAACUUCACAUAUAACAAUAUAGUUGUGAUUUCAGUCAACAUAUGGCAGGUGUCUAGGGACCAUCAAAACCAGUAUGUUAUUCAUGUGUGUUAUUCACAGUUGUCAAUUUAUUGUCAAUCCAGGAGAUUGGAACUUGACUGGUGAAAUUUAACUUUUCCCUCGGACAUUUUCCUAUAUGGAUUUGACCAUGUUUCUCCACUCUGUUAUGUCUACAAUUGACAGUUAGUCCUGGAAUUGACUGUUGUGUCUGAAUUUGACUUUGUUAAAUCUAGAUUUGACUCAAAAUUAUAUGUGAAUUGUACUAUGUUAAAUCUAGAUCUGACCCUACGUUAUAUGUGAAUUUGUAGUUACGGAUCAAUCCUGAGAAAUUCAGGUACCUCCGAUGCAUGUAUUAGAUAUGAUGAAUCAAUGUUCAACAGUGAGACAGCAGCAGCCUUGCCACACAGGGUAGUGAUGAUGAUUGUGUAUGGUAUCUGUGUAUAUAGACUUGGUUCUCUCGACCACUGUCACUAUCAGUGCAAUAUGGCUGCUCAACAAUGGUUGUCGUGCUCUAUGCAUAAUGCAUCACUAGACUCAAGACCAUUGGGGCAGGCUAGGUAUUUAUUUGCUCAUAUAGUUUUUUUUGGUACGACAUCCUUGCAUAGUUUCUUCUUUAUAUUUUUAUAGGUAUGUUUUUCAGUAUUAUAUGUGCCACAGUCUGUGAACUGCAUUGUUGGCGUGGAGAUGCAGCACUUUGCCACAAAGCCUUACUUUACCGUUUGUCCUGGAAUACUGCUGACUUGUCUCCCUUUAGGACAUGCUCAGUUUGAAUCUGUGUAACUCAUUGGACAAAUGUACACAACAUGAGAAUUAGACCUAAAUAUUUUUGUAUUGUUUGAGAUGUGUCAGUGUAGGAAAUUAGCUAGAUUAUUGUGUAUUUCAUGUUUUUUAUUUCACAGCCUUCUGAAACACUUUGGUAAAGACAUUUAAUGUUGGAAAGACUGUCCUGCCUCCCUAACUAGCAGACCGCAGUGUCUUAUAUAAGAACUCUGAAUUUGAAGAAGUUUCAAAUGGCAACAUUACAACGUAACCUUCAUUUCUCAAAGACAAUAUUUACAUUAUCAGGAGGGUGUAUCAUGAAAGACUUAAAUGAAUUUUCUGUUAUCUGUUGAUAUAAGCAUAAUGUGAAUUUGGUACUGACUUAAUAGUGUUAAUGCGAUCUCUAUUUAGUGGGAACAGAUUCCAGUCCCACUGUCCCCUAUCUGGCAUCCUUAGUCAUCAUUCAUACCCGUACUCGUCAGUUUACUGAAGUUGCCAUCAUCUGCAGCCUCAUCACUUAGCUUUGCUCUCAUCUAUAGCUGACACUUGGCGAUAUGAGAUACUGUUCAACACUGAACUCACAUACUCCUCCAUCUGAUCUCAGACUGUUGUCCUCCACACAGCAGCACAUUCUUCAUCAGUAUUGCAUAAUGCUUCACACACCACUGGAGGCCACAGUACGGCCAUGGAGAUCAAGGGAGAUAAGUCUGUUGUCAUCCCAGAAUCUGCUGAGCCGUUCAUUUCCGUGAAUGAAUAUUUUCAUAGAAUGAAGUUCACAUUUUAAUGUGUCGACAGUUCAUCCCGUUUGUACACAGUGUAUGCUAUAUUUAUAGAACUAAGUAAAUCUUUGUCAACUUUAAUGUGAAAUCAAUUUCCUAAACUCCCAAUAAUAACAUAUACACAUAUAACUGUCAUAUAACACACUAGCUCGAUAACUUAUUUAUAUCAUGAUUUGAUAACAAUGUCCAUUCUUUACUACAUUUUAAACUUGAAACUCAGGAUCAAGUAUUUUAGUAUAAAGAUUUUAUUAUUACCCUAUUUUUUAAUUCAGUCAAUAUUUAAAGGGUUCCUGAAGAUGAACUUAUUUUGCAAGAACCCAAUGAAUGUCAGAGGCUUUGUGGCAAAACUGUUGUCUUUCAUUUGUUGAAUUUUGUCCUAGUUGUAUAUGUACUUGUUUUUGUGGGAAAUUUUAAGAUGGAUUCGAUAAUUUGUACAUUUAGGCUGCUUUUAUCAACAACAUUGAUGUUAUUUUAUCUUGUACAGUCAUUUGUCUCUGUCGGCAGUUGUUAUUUGAUUACAGGAGGUCAAAUUAGUUUUAUCUGCCUAUCUGCAAUGCUGUUCUAGAUACCUUCCUUCCAAUACUUUUGUUGAUAUAGAUGUGCUCCUCCGUUUCUACAUUGUUUGUAGCAUGCUUCAGGCAUUGAUAGAGGCAGGAAUAUCUAAUACCCAUGAUCACAGACAGGACAUAUUAAUGUUAAGAAAUCAAAUUUUGUAUGUGUAACGUAAACGUUUAGCAUUACAAGAUAUACUUAGAUGGUACCCUUAGAAAACGUGACAAUGGGAAAGUGAGAAUUAUAUAUCUAAAUAACAGAUUGACUUGGAUCAAGGCACAACAGAUACAAGGAGAACAAUCCAGUAAAUGUCUCGUACACUGCUCAGUGCUGUGAUGUAGCCUAGUGGUUAAAGUGUUAGCUCAUCAAGCCUAAGCAAUUGGUUCAACUCCCCACAUGGUUUCAGUGUGUGCUGUCCUUUAGGCAGAGAUAUAAACCGUGAUCCAUGGUGACUCUGCAAGCUAGGAUAUAUACAUUGAUAUGAUGUGUAUGAAGUCAGUUCCUGGUAUCCAACACAGUCACAUCACUCUCUCAGGACGCUCAAAAAGCUUAUGACAAUUUUUUGUUUCGGGAAAUAUAUUGAUAAGGCUAUGUUUACCCAGAACUGAGAUGCCAUGAUUGUUUUUAUAGAUGAGUGCAAGAACUAAUAUAGCUGUUCAGUUGAACUAUUUGUGAUUGUUUUACAGAUUCAUGUUUAGGACGUGCCUGCUCUCUAUCACAGCCAGUGUUGGAAUUCCACUCCUUAAAUCAUGUGGUAUAGCUUAAUUCUGUUUUCGAGCCAUAUUGAUCAAGAAUUUUCAAAGUUUAUUACAAAUUCUGUAAUAUUGUUUGGCAUGAGCACAAGUAAAACUGUGACAGGUUUUAGUGAAAAUUGACAACAACAAACCAUGGUCGUGGGAGCAGGAUCCUCUACAACUCUACAAACCCUCCAGGUUCAAACCCUCUCCCAUUACCACCUACUCUUCAACCUACCCUACUCCACCAUUCUUAUGUCAAGCCCAUGUCAACUUGUCUGCCAAUCAUUCUUUACUGAUCCCAUCAGCCCUUAGUCUUCUGUGUAAACUAUUGCAUUCAGUACACUAGUUGGAUGCUUUUAGAGACUUUGCCCCCCUGGGAAGAUGAGGUGAGGUGAGGUGAAACGGGGCUGAACGCUGUGUUGUUUGUGAAGAGCAGCACUGCAACAGUUCCAAUACCCACCCCACCCCCAUGAAGAUCACUACAUCAAACCUUUUCUCGUCUGUAGAUCAUGAAGAUCACUACACCAAACCUUUUCUCGUCUGUAGGACUUGAAGAUCACUACAUCAAACCUUUUCUCGUCUGUAGACCAUGAAGAUCACUACAUCAAACCUUUCCUCGUCUGAAAACCAUGAAGAUCACUACAUCAAACCUUUUCUCGUCUGUAGGACAUGAAGAUCACUACACCAAACCUUUUCUCGUCUGUAGGACAUGACAAUCAUUACAUAAAGUCACAUCUCAUCUGUACAUGAUGGCAAUUACUUUAUUGAAAACUAUCAUUAUGUCUCCCUAUACCUUCCCCAUCAUGAAGAAAACCUCAAUAUGUACCUUUACAUACUAGAUGACACCCACACGUGUACCUUUACAGUCAAGAAGAAACCCUCACAUAUGUACCUUUGCAGUCAAGAAGAAACGCUCACAUAUGUACCUUUGCAGUCAAGAAGAAACCCUCAUAUGUGUACCUUUACAGUCAAGAAGAAACCCUCACAUGUGUACCUUUACAGUCAAGAAGAAACCCUCAUAUGUGUACCUUUACAGUCAAGAAGAAACCCUCAUAUGUGUACCUUUACAGUCAAGAAGAAACCCUCACAUGUGUACCUUUACAGUCAAGAAGAAACCCUCAUAUGUGUACCUUUACAGUCAAGAAGAAACCCUCACAUGUGUACCUUUACAGUCAAGAAGAAACCCUCACAUAUGUACCUUUACCGUCAAGAAGAAACCCUCACAUAUGUACCUUUACCGUCAAGAAGAAACCCUCACAUAUGUACCUUUACCGUCAAGAAGAAACCCUCACAUAUGUACCCUUCCAAGCCAUGUAGAUAAUCAAGUGCAUUGUAGAUGUUUGUGUUUGGCUGCUGACCGGCUGCCUACUGGGCCUGACAGGCAGGUUGUUGUAUAUGUGAUGUCCGUGUUAAGUGUACAGUCCAUCACCGACCCCCACGACCUUUAUCACAGGUCAGGCUGCAGGCACUUACACAUUGUCUACAGUCACACAUUGUCCACACUUAAGGGCUGAGUUACUUGGGCAUUUGUAGAAAUUCUUUCUUAUCAUGCAUAAGAAUAAUGUAGAUAUAGUUGAGGGUAAGAAGGCGAACAGGAAAGGUAGAUUUAGCAGAGUAUGAAAAAUUACAGUAGAAACACAAUCAAUUAAACUAAAGAUUUCAACUAAAUGGUGUCAUUUCUUACAAAGGCAAAACAGUGCAACAGUAGGGCUUCUAAAAGUAAUAUUUGAUGAACAGUGUUUUCUUGGCCAAUCAAUGAAAUUGUUUUUUGAUGGCAAAGUUACCAUCACAAAACACAAAAUGGAACAUGUGUUAACAUUGAUUAAUGCCAACUGCCUUUGUCAGGGCAGCAGAAAUGCAGGUAUUGUCCUAUGUUUGUAAUCUCUCUCAGUUUCAAACCAUGGGAGAUAAUACAGUGAAACCUCAUUAGUCCAGAAACCUGCUGUUCCAGACAUGUACUGUGGGGAAUGUCUACAUAUACAGGGGACUCCAUCCUCAUCAUUUGGUAUGGCAAUAUUCUGUUUAUAUGGUUCGGAUUAACAAGGUUUCAGUGUAUGUCUUGUGUUAAAUCUGUUCCUGAGGAGGCAUGAAAAUAGACCAUGGACUUUGUGUUUUCACCUCUCAUUUAUCAAGCUUAUUGUCAUGUCACCGCCAUCCCACUCCAUAUCUGGUCAUGUUCAUCAUAAUUUCACAUCAACAUCAUACAGCUCAUGAUGACAACCUCAUCUAAGUUAUCAUUCAACACAUCCUGAUCAACCAUGUUAUUCAACCUGUUAUCCUCAUGUAGUCAGUCAUCCAACUGUUAUUGUGGUACAAAUACUUUACCAUAGAACUCUUGAUCAUACAUAUUGUUACCGACUCUUAUCCCAGUUGAAUUGUAUAGCAGUGGCAUCAUCCGAGGUGUGUAACAGUGUUAUUGCUGACUUGUGCAACUGUUAUCCUAGGUUAUAACUGUGUUAUCAUCCAAAGUAUGUGACAUGUCAUUGCCCUAGGUGUGUAACAGUGUUUUCCUCCAAGGUGUGUGACAUGUUGCCGGGCUGGAUGUAUGACAAGUGUAUAACAGUGUUAUCAUCAGUGGUAUAUGACUGUUAUCCCCCUGUCUGUGGUCUGUCAUAUAUGUUCUGUGAGUCCUAUGUGUAGUACAGCAGUCAUUGUACAGGUAGUAGAUAUUUUACUGGUUUUAACAUUUUAAUAUUGACAGUGUUCAGUGGAUUUCAUACUGGCGAUACUCGCCCGUCAUGUCUUCAUCAUAUUUUUUUUUCUUUUGCAAGCCAGGAAAGUGGAAUAAAAUAUUAAAUAUAA